UCCUUUGGGCAUCUUUAAGAAUCCGUUUUUGCAACUGGGACUCUUCUCCUACACGAAAACCCUCUUCUAUCUCCUAUAAAUACACAACAUUCAACCAUUGUCUGAUAUUAUAAGCCAAGAAUUGUGCUUAAUCAAUUAUCUUGGUGUUAAUUUGUGGUGCCAUGGCCGGAAUUGUGGUGGUGUUCGACUUUGACAAGACGAUUAUCGACUGCGACAGCGACAAUUGGGUGGUUGACGGGCUGGGUGCCACCGAUUUGUUCAAUGAGCUCCUCCCCACCAUGCCCUGGAACACUCUCAUGGACAGGAUGAUGAAGGAGCUUCAUUCACAGGGCAAAACCAUUGACGACAUUGUGGAGGUUCUAAAACGGACUCCAAUUCAUCCCAGGAUUAUACCUGCUAUCCAAUCUGCUAAGGCUUUAGGGUGUGAUUUAAGGAUAGUUAGCGAUGCGAAUUUAUUCUUCAUAAAGACAAUUCUGGAGCAUCAUGGGCUCACAGAUUCCUUCUCGGAGAUUAACACAAACCCAGGCUUUGUUGAUGAACAAGGGAGGCUGAGAAUCUUCCCCUUCCAUGAUUUCACCAAGUCUUCUCAUGGUUGCUCUCUUUGCCCUCCCAAUAUGUGCAAGGGUGUGAUUAUUGAAAGGAUUCAAGCUUCUUUAGCUGCCGAAGGAAAGAAGAAAUUGAUAUAUCUUGGCGAUGGAGUUGGUGAUUAUUGUCCGAGUUUGAAGCUGACAGAGGGAGAUUACAUGAUGCCAAGGAAGAAUUUUCCUGUGUGGGAUUUAAUUUGCAGAAAUCCAAUGCUGAUAAAGGCCAAAAUUCACGAGUGGACCGACGGGGAAGACAUGGAGCGAAUUUUGAUUCAGAUUAUCGAAACAAUUUCUGCUGCUCAGAUGUUCUCAUCUUCUUCUGAUUGCAAGCUGCAGACAAUAUCAAUUGCUGCCUUCCCUCAACCACUCUCGGUUCCUCACUAAUUAUAUAUUAUAUGUGGGGGUAAUUUUAACAAAUGGGGUCCGUUUUCUUGUUUCGUUUUAUCUUUUGGUUUGUGAAAAGGAAAAGCAUGUAAGUGCUUGAUCAUCCAUUAAUGUAUAAGGAUUUUGCUUGAAUGAUCAUAAGAGUAGCAACUUCAUUAUGAAA